AUGGCUUUCUUCCCACGAACCUUUUACAACACCGAGGCCUCAUUCACGCCUCUCUUCCGCCUGCUCGACGACUUUGACUCGUACUCUCGCAGCGGAAGCAACACCAAUGGCACCACCCGCUCGCACAUCUCGGACUGGCAGCCCAAGUUUGACGUCCGCGAAACAACAGACGCCUACCACUUCCACGGUGAGCUGCCGGGCUUGACCAAGGACGACAUCUCCAUCGAGUUCCCAGAGCACCAAGGCAUGGUCAUCCGCGGCAAGACCGAGCGCACUUACACUUCGGGCACCCCGCCUGCCGGCCUCCUCGAAUCCACCGACAAGGAUACGCCUGCUACUGUGACGGAGGCUGGCGAGCGCCGCAACUCACACCAAGCCACCGUUGAAGACGAGGCCGACGCCGAGAAGUCCGACGACAAGGCAGUUGCUGCUCCGGACAGCGAAAACUCAGUUGACAAGGCGGACGCGUCUGCCGCUCCGGCUGACAACUCCAAAUACUGGCUCACCGAGCGCAGCAUUGGCGAGUUUGCGCGCCACUUCAGCUUCCCUUCCCGCAUCGACCAGGACGGCGUUAGCGCCAGCUUGAAGGAUGGCAUCCUGACCAUCGAUGUGCCCAAGGCCAAGAAGCACGAAUCUCGCCACGUCGCUAUCAACUAA